AUGUCAGCAGCAGCAGACGGCUCCGGCCCCACGGCCAAAGCAACCACGGCCGCCGCCGACACCUCCACCACGCUCAAAGACCAGCAAAAGCCCGCCGCGGCGCUGGAGGAGGACGACGAGUUUGAGGACUUCCCCGUCGACGAUUGGGCUCCGGAAGAGAGCGAAGUGCCGCCGGGGCAGGAGGGCGGGACGACGCAUUUGUGGGAGGAGAGCUGGGACGAUGACGAUACGAGUGAGGACUUUUCGAAGCAGUUGAAGGAGGAGUUGGCGAAGGUCAAGGGUCAGAAAUAG